CAGCUUCUUCGAAGAGGAUUCAGUGUCCGGAUUUUGGACGACCAUGUUCGCCAUUUCCAAGGUACCAGAGCUCCUGGACACAGCGUUCAUCGUGCUGCGCAAGCGACCACUCAUCUUCCUGCACUGGUACCACCACAUUACCGUACUGAUGUACACCUGGUACGCGGUGUCAUGCGUCAUAGGCCCCGGACGCUGGUUCGUCACCAUGAACUUCAUCGUCCACAGCGUCAUGUAUUCCUACUAUGCUCUCCGUGCCCGAGGAAUCCACACGCCCAAGGCCGUGUCCAUGAUCAUCACGACCAUGCAAAUUUUGCAAAUGGCAAUCGGCUGCGUGGUGAAUGCAACAGCUUACAAGAUCCGCUUUGUCGACGGCAUCGAAGCUUGCCGGAUUUCCUGGAACGAUAUCCUCAGUUCCCUGCUGCUCUACUCAAGCUAUUUGUACCUAUUCGCCCUUUUCUUCCGGAAUUCCUACUUCAAGAAG